GCAGCACCAGUACUGCAGCCGCCAACGGCGCCGCUGUCUGACGAUGGUAGACCGGAGAGACGGAUGGUCAGGGCCGUCCCCGUGUAACCUGAACAUGCAGGCGUAACUUGAUUCGUGGUCGUUUGCAUUGAUAAACGAGGAUACGCGUCUGUUUAGUUGUAUCUAGUCACACAACGUGUGUUUGAACCAUGGAGGACGACUGUAUUUGUGAGUACGACUCGACCUGGGACACAGAGAGUGAUGGAGACGACCCGGCCGGAGAGAGCCAAACCCGACGGUCAUGUCAAGACAAAAACAAAUCUGGAUGGACUUUGUGGCACCAUACCUCCAGAAACACGAGGGCAGCAAAGGACAUGCAGAAUUACAGAAGAGGAUAUCCGAAUCUUACAGAUGAUGAGUGCUCAGAAGACAAAAUGAACAAUUUGCAGUUUUAUCUCAACAAAUUUCCGUCUGCUCCCGAUGAUGUCUACAUCGAAUCGUUUUUGAAGGAGUGGAAAAAUGACUACAAAAGACUGGAGAGAGUUCACUCGUACAUUCAGUGGCUGUUUCCACUGCGAGAGCCAGGGGUUAAUUACAUGGCCUCAGAACUCACCAAGAAGGAAAUCGAGGCUUUCAAGAAGAAUGAGGACGCCAAAAAGAGACUUGUCGAGUCCUAUGAACUCAUGCUGGGCUUCUAUGGCAUCCGAUUGGUCAACAAAGAGACGGGGGAGGUGAAACGAGCAGAAAAUUGGAAGGAGCGAUUUGGAAACCUUGAACGGAAUAUGCACAACAACCUGCGCAUCACUCGCAUCCUGAAGAGCCUCGGGGAGCUGGGCUUUGAGCACUACCAGGCCCCACUGGUGCGCUUUUUUCUUGAAGAGACUCUAGUCAAGAAGACCCUUAGCAGUGUCAAACGCAGCGUGCUUGACUACUUCCUGUUUGCUGUCCUGGACAAGGAAAAACGUCAGGAGCUUGUGCGCUUUGCCUACCUUCACUUUGAGCCAAAGGAUAAGUUUGUAUGGUGUCCUAGAAAGAUUCAGAAACAAUUCAGGAAGGCAGAGAAGAGAGCUGAUGCUGUUGGGAACGGGGAUGGAAAAGAUGAAGUCUAUUCACGGAGUAAAAGCAAAGACGGGGAAGCUGUUGUGCAACAAAAAGAGGAUGGACUUGAGAAAGUAACAAAGGCUCAGAAAGGAACUGAUAAAACUGCAUCCAAAGACAAAAACAAAUUGUCUGAGGAGUCCACAGAGCCAAAACCCGAAGCUGAGACAGUCGGAAAUGGAAAUGCGGAGGUCGAGUCUGCUAAUGUAAUUUCGGGGAACGGAAAAGAUUCUACGGAUGAUGUUGAUAAAAUGGAUCAGACACCCAGUCCUGACACCAGGAUGGCAAAAACCCAGCCCUGUGCUGACAACAACAAUGACAACAAACUUACCAACAAUUCGAAGGCCAGUGUCCAGGAAGCAGACAACCUUAUGCAAACAGACGGGGACGUAGACACUGAAAAACCACCAAAGAAGAAAAGAGAAGAUGACAAGGACCUGCCAAGUAACGGCUCUGCUGGGGCCAGUGAGCAGACGGAGGAAAAAGCUGGUGCUAAUAAAGCCACUGGUCAAACGAGCCCUUCGGCACACACCCCCCUUAAGACUUCAAAACAUUCACCAUCUCUUUCUUCAGGCAGGGAGGAAAAAAUCCCAAGGACUGACUUUAAUCAAGUGCCAGAUACAAAGGAAGAGGAGGAAUCGUCACAGGCAAAUGGGUCAGCAACAAAUGGGUCAGUGAUGAGCACCGACAAAGGUGUGACUCAACAGACAAAUGGGAAGGAGUCUGAGGAUAUUGAUAUGGAAUCACCCCCCUCGAGCUCAGAUCAAAAUGCUGGGAAUUCAUGAACAAACUGGAUGAUUGGAGAAAAUACAUUAAUUUGCGUGUAAUUGAAUUGUAAUAUAGGGACAGAGUAUGACUUAAAAAGACGUUCUGGCCUUAUUUCUACUAUAUUUGAUGUUUAGAUAUUGAUUCUUUUCACUUUGAAGGAGUAUAUAAAUUCAUGAACUUAUGAAGUGUGAGACUGGAUGUGACUCAGUUUCUACAUGGCCAUCAGACAAUACUGAAGGAUGAGGCUGGGGAUGUUCUAUAAUUUUUCCUAUUGCCAACAAAUCCCAGUCAACAAAGGUCAGAAUCAGCAGGAGACUUGACAGACCACUGCAGCCAAAGGUGAAUGUGUUAGUAGGCUCAUUUGUUAGCAUUGCUAGCUUGCCUGUUUGUGAUGGAGAAAUCUUAUCAGUGAAGAAGCAUGUAACUGUAACUGUUAAUUAUAACUCACAAAUUAUGGAAAAACACUGCAAAACAUUGUACAUAAACCUGCUGCCUUUUUAUUUAAAGUUGAUCGGUACUUGAUUUCGGGGGUUGAUACCAAUGAUAGGGAGUAAGAUAAUUCCGAUAUUUAGAUAUCGGCUGAUAUACAAUUUUUUGCAAAUGAUCCCUCAAAUGUGGUAAUCAGACUCUUGUGACAUUUAUAUGUUGGAGGCAGGAUAUCUUACAGUUUGACAAUAAACAUUAUUGUCCAAAAUAACAUCAGUGCACUGAAACCGUAAACUCAAAUUAAAUAGUUGAAUAAUAAUAAUAAUGAUAAUGAUUUAAUAGUUCUUCCCCAGGAGUCUUUUUUUCUACGUAAUAAUCUCUUUAAAAAAUUGCCAAUAUUUUGUGCCAACACCAGUAUAUCUUUCAUAGGCCAGUAGUGGCCAAAAGAUAUAUUGGUCAGGCUCUACUUUAAUUAACAACAUCACGCAUAAUUUAUUACAUUUCGAAAAAACGCAUUUAAAGGUUGUUCAAAUAAAACUAAAGUAUCAUCGCAGAGUCUUUCCAUUAAUGAGAUUCUUUCUGGGUCAGUCAUCCAGCAGAAUGUUGGAAAACACAAAGUGUGCAGCUCUCUGCUAAUGCAGUUAAGAUACAGUUCAUUUUAGUCACUCCACUGAAAUGUGUCCAUCGCAUCAUUUAACCAUACAACCCACAGCUAGCAGUGGUUAGCUGCCAGAAAACAUGCUAGCAUUAUUAGCUUGCCAGCAGUUGUGCUAACCCAGUUACUACUCUAUUCAUCUUUGCCUUGCAGGUCCAAAGCUCUUCAUCAAGUCUCCCCAAAGCCACCAUAUUGUCAGUACUUUCUGACAUUAUGCUGUCUGUGACUCAGCUCCAAGAACACUGGUUCUUAUUAAAGACAUCAAUCUACAUAAUCCAAUCGAAGGUAACUCGUUUUCAUCAAAUAUUCCUCAGAUGGAAGUAUAAAGGGCUGUCGUUAGGGACCAUUUUCAGCCAGACAUUUACAGCAGCAGGAUGUUGUGUGUGGGACUGACUCAAAAUAGACUGCAGUGUUGGUGUUUAUUGUCACAAAGGAGCAUGUCAGCCAUCACUACAGUGUGGCUAAUGGAUGUGUUUUAAUAGUUCUUGGAUAGCAAUGGAAGAAUGUGGCAUUCAAAGACCGUAUUUGUGAGUGGGAUUGACUGAAGACUAGAUGAAAAUAUAGACCAUUGCCAGACUUGUCCUUUUUCCGAUUGUAAUGACUGACGGUAACUGAUAUUUGAUAUCUCUGCAGGAUGCAUAAAGCACUAUUAAUAAUGUAUAUCAAUUAAAUGAUGGUUUCAGCAUUUUAAAUACCCCUAAUUCUUUCACAACUAAACAUGUUUUUUGCACUGAAAAUAAUGAAUUGGAAAAGCUUCUUUUUUUUUUUUUUUUUUUUUCCUUUUCAGGCUGUUUUUGUGUGAGUAAAAACAUUCUGUACUGGUUUGUGUUUCUCUUCUGGACCCUGCUGUUGAAAAUGGAUUUAAGACUGAAUGUCACUUAUGUUGUAUUUCAAAAAAAAUGUUGCACAGUCUGUAUGUUGUCAUGCAGAUUUGGGGGAAAUAGACUUUUGAACAACUGAAAAGCCUUGCCAAAAAAAAAUGUGAUAAAGACUGGUUGAUUGUACAGUGUGUUUGUUUUUCGGGCAGAACUGAUGAAGCUUCAGUUUUGAUAAUUUAAAUUCAACUGUAUGUUAAUUUAAUAGCCAGGUUGAUUACAUUGAUGCAUCUUUUUAUAUUUGCACUUAAUUUUCACUGUUAAUUGUUAAGAAAAAUAUGGUAUUUACACGAUGAAAUGGUAAUAACUUUACAAGAAGUGCUGACUUUCUUUAUAUAUGACUUCCUUUUCCAACUAAAUACCUGGCUGUUGACGAAGCAGAAUAAAGUUAUACUAUUUUUUGACGCUUUUAUGAAAUAAUUCUGCAUUAAGCCACAGUCAUAGUCUCAUUAUAGUUUAUAAAAUAUUGCAGCAGUUCUCAGGAUGUCACUGUGGCGUGUCUCAGCUUUUGCUCCUAUUCCUGAGACUCUUCUGCGAUUUCUCAAUGCGGCAACAUAGAGUAAGAAGUAUCUGCGUUUUUCUCCAGCAAACAGACUUGGUGAAGUGACAUGACUCACAACGGAGGGAAGAACAAGAUGUUACAGUUAUUGAUUCAGCAGAGUGUGUUCAGGCCAAGGGUCUGAGGAAGGAGAGAAGAAAAAGUACAUACUGUUGGAGUUUAAAGUUGCUGUGUGUUAUUGCAUUGUCCGUGCCAGCCUCUAUCUCUAGAUCUGCCCAUUCCCUGUUUGGAACAUUCUAAAUAAAGCAUUUAACACUU